UGUGUGUGUGUGUGGGCCUGUGAGAAAGAGAGAGAUAAUGAGAGUGUGUGUGUGAAUCUGUAAGCACACACUGAUAUUUUUGGGGUGAAAAAAGGUCACCUUUGAUGGAUGUCUUUGAAGAGGUGAUUGAGUAAAAUCAUGGCCUCUUGCCUUUGAUGUAAUCAAAAACAACAACAAAAAAACUAUUAGUAUGUUUAUGCACCUGGCUGCUUUCACAGCCAAAGAUAAACGUGCAGUUUGGCUGAGGGGUCAUUUCAUAGAGAGCAGAGAAGGAGAAAGACCUGCAGGAAAAAUGAAGAGACAUUUUAGUACAGAGGAAGCAUUAGAAAUGGUCAUGCAGCCUUUAUCUACAACCGAGCUGCAGGAAUCCUCUGAAGAAGACACAAGCUUCGACGCGGAGUCUAACACAGAAUGGUCACUGGAGUCCUCCAUUUCUGAGAGUGCCUCUGACCCUUCCUCUGAAAGUGAAGAGGACAUUGAGGAUCCUGCCCAUCUUAACAGUGAGUGGACAGCGAAAAAUGGGCAAGUUUGGUCUCCAUCUCAUUCCAAGACACUGCGCUACAUUCAGGCACCCAGUGGCAUGAUUGCAGGGCCCACAAGAUAUGCCAUAACCAGAAUCCAUGAUGUGGCAUCUUCUUUUGACCUUUUCUUCACUCCUGACAUGAUCCAGCUGAUUUUACAAAUGACAAACCUGCAUGGGAGGCGUUCGGUGUCAGGAUGGAGUGAUGUAGAUGAAACAGAGAUUAGAGCAUACAUGGGACUUCUCAUUCUGGCAGGUGUGUACCGGUCCAAAGGAGAAUCUACCCGCAGCCUGUGGGAUGACCAGAAUGGGAGACCAGUCUUCAGAGCCACCAUGUCCCACAAACGAUUUCAAUUGAUAAGUGCCAGCCUCCGAUUCGAUGAUCGACUCACCCGUCCUUGCCGACACAAAGAGGACAAGCUUUCUGCUUUCCGUAAUAUGUGGGACAAAUGGGUGCAGCGUCUCCCACUCCUUUUUAAUCCAGGGGAGAACAUCUGCGUCGAUGAGCAGCUUGUACCUUUCAGAGGCCGCUGCAAAUUCCGGCAGUAUAUGCCCAGCAAGCCAGCGAAGUAUGGGCUAAAAAUCUGGGUUACCACAGACGUCGCCACAUCAUAUGCCUGGAGGUGCCAGGUGUAUACUGGAAAACCCGCUGGUGGAGCUCCAGAAAUGGGCCAGGGAAAGAGAGUCAUCCUGGAUAUGACUGAGGGGCUCAAGGGUGUCACAGUUACUUGUGACAAUUUUUUCACUUCCUACUCACUUGCCCAGGAGCUUCUGAGGAAGAAGGUGGCUCUGGUAGGGACCAUCAGAGCAAAUAAGCCUGAGCUUCCCCCCAGAUUGAAGCAGACAAAGGGGAGAGCUGUCUUCUCAUCUCUUUUUGCAUUCACAAACACCACCGCAGCAGUGAGCUACAUCCCGAGGCGGGGAAGAAAUGUCCUCCUUUUGAGCACGAAACACCGGGAGCCAGCUGUACAUCAGGAUGAGAAGCAGAAACCACAAAUCAUCAUUGACUACAAUCACUGCAAGGGUGGCGUGGACAACCUUGACAAGGUGGUCAGCACCUACAGCUGUAGGAGGCGGACCUCCCGGUGGCCUCUUGUCCUCUUCUUCAAUUGCAUCGAUAUCUCCGCCUUCAAUGCUUUCGUGCUGUUCACUGCUGUGGUUCCCUCCUGGAACCAGCAAAGAACAUACAGACGGAGGCUGUUCUUAGAGGAGCUGGGGAAAUCCAUGGUGUCCUCAGAAAUUGUGCGGAGACGGCACCCUCCACGUACAGCAGCUGCUGCUGCCAUGGUGGUGGAUUUACAGGCCCCUGUUGCUGCUCAUACAGAAACAACUGAUACUGCCAUUGGCACUACUGCCACCAGAAAGAGAGGUGUGUGCUGGUUGUGCACAGGCCUAAAGAAGAGGUCCUCUACCACCUGCAUCAAGUGUAACAGGUGUAUUUGUAGAGAGCACCAGGUCACAUGCUGCAGGGCCUGCUGGUCUGCUUGAAAGGAACUAAGCUAAACUUUUAGGAGCAAAUUCAGAAUUCUAAUUCCAUUGUACAUUUGUGACAGCAAUGCCAACAAAAGUGUUCUUUCUUUCUAAACUGAUUGCACACACACACACACACACACUCUAGGGGGUCCCCUGUUAGUCACAUGGCUCCAUAAUAUAACUGGCAAAAUUACAAGAAUUUAAUUCAUCAGCCUAAAAUGGGAAAAUUGUUGAAUCUAAUGGAAUACAGUAAAAAUGUCAAAUAUCACUACUUUUCUUCAAAAUGAAAUACUAACAUUUCAGAAUGCAUGGUUUUAUACUGUAAUUGCAGUGAGAUAAAAAAAUGUGGUUUCAAUGGAAGUCAAUGGGGCAUUUUUGGCCAUGAAGGUGUCCAGA